CAGUAAAAUACGUGUACUUAAACACUUCGAUUUCCUCCUUUCUGCUAUGUUGCCUUGCAGCUCGGUGGUAUCGAGAGUAAUAAAGACCUCCAAGACCAAUCGUUUCCAUACAAUCAUUAUGGCUCCUUUCAGCCCUCUUCCAUAUAGUUAUGUACCAACUGCCCCACGCUUCAAAGGGCAGAACGUCUCGUCAUAGAUCUGCAAGGAAGUAGUUUAGAACUCCUGACAAGACUUCUAUCGAUGAUGAGACGAGGUACAGAUCACAAACUCGAGGUAUGUUCUAACUUUGCGGGAUGUUUGGCUUUCUGUGACCAUAACUGACAGGCGAGAAUUUAAGCAGAGAUCGAUACUAUCAGCGAUUCUAAGCACCAUCUCGAAUUACCUGUUGUCGAAAGCCUAGGAUCUACUACAUCACAAAAGAAAUGUUGGCUCGGAAGACUCGGUUUGGGGAAACGUGGGCUGGAGGAUGAGACCGCCUGAGGUGGUCCACCUCACGCCCAAAGGACGACUGCUCCUCCUCGGGUGCAUCGAACCAGUCUGCUUUUGCAUAGGGAGUCCUAGAUCCUCAGGCCUGAAAACGGCCGAAGCAACUCAAGGUAUUUAUAUAAACUCUUAAUAGCUGUGAUAAACAAUGUUCUGACCUCUUCUCGAUAGACUGCUGAUCCUCGGAGAUAACAAAUCGAACGCUUCCGAUGCUGAAUCUUCUUCGUUCCUGCUGAUUUUGUCCUAGAGCUGAGCAAGCAAGAUCCACCCAUCGGCCAUGAAGCGUGGCCUAAUACGGAGAAAGACGGCUCUAGCGAGGACGACAAUAUAUCCAUGUCGCGGCAAGGCUUUGCUUGUACACUUUCUCAAGAGCAGCCUUACUAUUGUCAUAACUCUCUCCAAUUUUCACAAAAUGACAUCAGUCUAUACACCGAUGAUGAUAUCAUGCAGCACAGAGCAAGCAGAAAGCGAGCUCCGAGGGCAUCAGCAUUCGCAGAAAGUAGUAAGGGUGACAGGGAAGAAGGAAGAUGAUAGUAAACAAAAAGUAAAGAAGCGGUGGCAUUCAACAGAGACUGAGACUAGCAAUGAUAAUACUUAUGAUAAAGGCCUCCAAUCUGCAAAACAGCAAAAGCUUCCUCCACUACCUGCAUAUGACGCUUGUCCUUACUCCACUUUCUUCAUUCACGCAACCUGAAGUGGAUGAGACACAGUUUCGAGGCGAUUAUAGGUACUGCCAACACCUAUGGAGGAUAACAAUUAUUCUCCACAAGCCCCUCAAACUCCCUCUGUUAUAAUAGACCCAGAAUCAGUCACCGAAUAUCAAGAAUGGCCAUUCAAAGGUUCUCCCAAACGCACCAGGAUCGGGGAUAAGACAACAUACAAUCUUGAGUUCUAGAGUAUUUUUAUCAUCUUGUUCUUUCCGAAAUAUUGAACAGGAUAUUUGCAAAAUCUCAACUCCUUGUAUACUUUACAUUCCAAAAUAGGGCCAAUAAAAUUGCCGUUUAAGAGGAAGCGUGUUUCGUGGGAAGCAGAGGAACAUGAGAUAAUACUGAGGAUGAAGAAGAAAGAUUGCUUCCAGGAGGAAGUUCAUGAUGCCCUUCCACAUGGAACUCCAGCAGCGAUCCAGGUAGAAUAUUCUACGAAUCUCAAAAGAAAAUCAUGUAGGCUA